CUUGCUGGAAAAGAACACACGCAGUUGUGUUGCUUUGCUCCUCUGGCUCUCAAAGCACUUCUUGAGCAGGGGAAGAGCGAGACUGGUUAACAGCCUGCAAGCCGCGGAAGACCAGCCCCCCGCUAUGUAACCGAGUGGGGUCUUUUGUUGUCCCAUCUGAACUUUGCUAGAGGAAACACCGAGGCAGCUUUUCCUAUUGGUGGCUGCAAACAGCGGAGGAGCUGGGAGAAGCAGGAGCUGGGAGCGAGGCUUCGCUUUGGGGAACAAUGACAGAAGAAAGCAAAGGGGAAGGGAAAGGGGAAAGCGGGAAGGAUCCGGAGAAACAGCUUCGCCUCAGGGUGUGCGUUUUGAACGAGCUUCUGAAGACUGAGCGGGACUAUGUGGGCACUUUGGAGUUCCUGGUGUCGGCUUUCCUUCAGAGAAUGAUCCAGUUUGCUGCCUCCAAAGUGGAUAAAAAUAUCACAGAGGAAACAGUUAAGAUGCUGUUUUCAAAUAUUGAAGAUAUUCUUGCAGUUCACAAGGAUUUCCUGACCCUAGUGGAGGGGUGUUUGCAUCCUGAACCUAAUGCAUACCAUGAAGUGGGAAUCUGCUUUCUUCACUUUAAGGACAGAUUUUGUAUCUAUGAUGAAUACUGUAGUAACCAUGAGAAGGCACAGAAAAUUCUGCUUGAACUUAACAAAAUAAGAACAGUACGGACUUUUCUUUUGAACUGUAUGUUGCUUGGAGGACGUAAGAACACAGAUGUUCCAUUGGAAGUAUAUCUAGUAACACCAAUUCAGAGAAUAUGCAAGUAUCCCCUCCUUUUGAAGGAGUUAUUGAAGCGGACGCCAAAGAAACACAGUGACUACACAGUAUUAAUGGAAGCUCUGCAAGCCAUGAAAGCUGUCUGUUCCAAUAUAAAUGAGGCUAAGAGACAAAUGGAAAAAUUAGAGAUUUUGGAAGAAUGGCAGUCUCACAUUGAAGGAUGGGAGGGGUCCAACAUCACAGAUACAUGCACGGAAAUGCUAAUGUAUGGAGUGUUGCUGAAAAUUUCUGCAGGAAAUAUCCAGGAGCGGGUAUUCUUUCUUUUUGACAAUCUUUUGGUCUACUGUAAACGAAAACACAGACGAUUGAAGAACAGCAAAGCCUCUACUGAUGGCCAUCGGUAUCUUUUUCGAGGCAGAAUAAACACAGAGGUAAUGGAAGUGGAGAACGUAGAUGAUGGCACAGCUGACUAUCAUAGCAGUGGCCACAUUGUUGUUAAUGGCUGGAAAAUCCACAACACAGCAAAGAACAAAUGGUUUGUAUGCAUGGCAAAAACUUCUGAAGAGAAGCAAGAAUGGCUGGAAGCUAUUUUAAAAGAGAGAGAGAGAAGGAAAGGUUUAAAAUUGGGUAUGGAACAAGAUACUUGGGUGAUGAUCUCUGAGCAGGGAGAGAAACUCUACAAAAUGAUGUGCAAACAAGGGAACCUAAUCAAAGACAGGAAAAGAAAACUAACUACUUUUCCCAAAUGUUUUCUGGGAAGUGAGUUUGUGUCCUGGUUACUGGAAAUCGGAGAAAUACAGAAAUCUGAAGAAGGGGUUCAUCUUGGCCAAGCUUUGUUAGAGAAUGGCAUUAUUCACCAUGUUACAGAUAAGCACCAGUUCAAACCUGAACACAUGCUCUACAGGUUCCGUUAUGAUGAUGGAACAUACUAUCCAAGAAGUGAAAUGCAGGAUGUGAUUUCCAAGGGCGUAAGAUUAUACUGUCGUCUUCACAGUCUGUUUACUCCAGUUAUAAGGGAUAAAGAUUAUCAUCUAAGAACCUAUAAAUCUGUAGUCAUGGCUAACAAACUGAUAGACUGGCUAAUUGCACAGGGGGAUUGUCGGACCAGGGAAGAAGCGAUGAUCUUUGGUGUAGGACUUUGUGACAAUGGGUUUAUGCACCAUGUCUUAGAAAAAAGUGAAUUUAAAGAUGAGCCACUUCUUUUUCGCUUUUUUGCGGAUGAAGAAAUGGAAGGAUCAAAUAUGAAGCACAGGCUUAUGAAACAUGAUUUAAAAGUAGUGGAAAAUGUCAUAGCCAAGUCACUAUUGAUUAAAUCUAAUGAAGGCAGCUAUGGUUUUGGUUUAGAAGACAAAAACAAAUUACCAAUUAUUAAAUUUGUGGAGAAAGGGUCAAAUGCUGAGAUGGCAGGCCUGGAAGUUGGGAAGAAGAUAUUUGCCAUCAAUGGUGACCUAGUUUUUUUGAGACCCUUCAACGAAGUGGAUUGCUUCCUGAAAGCAUGCUUAAACAGCAGAAGGCCCCUCAGGGUACUUGUGAGCACAAAACCAAGGGAGACAGUGAAGAUCCCUGACUCUGCAGAUGGGCUUGGAUUCCAAAUUCGGGGCUUUGGUCCAUCGGUUGUCCAUGCUGUUGGAAGAGGAACUGUGGCAGCUGCAGCAGGACUCCACCCUGGACAGUGCAUAAUUAAAGUAAAUGGAAUUAAUGUCAGCAAAGAGACUCAUGCAAGUGUUAUCGCCCACGUCACAGCCUGCAGGAAAUACAGGCGUCCAAUGCAGCAAGAUUCCAUACAGUGGGUAUAUAACAGUAUAGAGAGUGCACAGGAAGACCUGCUGAAAGCGAACUCGAAACCCCCUGGAGAUGAGGGAGGAGAUGCCUUUGAUUGUAAAGUGGAAGAAGUAAUUGACAAGUUUAACACAAUGGCAAUAAUUGAUGGGAGGAAGGAUCAUGUGAGUCUCACUGUUGAUAAUGUUCAUCUGGAAUAUGGAGUGGUAUAUGAGUAUGACAGUACGGCUGGAAUAAAAUGCCAUGUGGUGGAGAAAAUGAUUGAACCAAAGGGCUUUUUCAGCUUGACUGCGAAGAUUCUUGAAGCCCUGGCUAAAAGUGAUGAGCAUUUUGUGCAAAACUGCAACAGUUUGAAUUCUUUAAAUGAAGUAAUCCCCACUGACCUCCAAAGUAGAUUCAGUGUAAUUUGCAGUGAGAAAAUUGAGCAUAUCUACCGAAGAAUCUCUAGUUAUAAAAAGUUUUCACGAGUGUUAAAAAAUAGAGCAUGGCCUACCUUUAAACAAGCUAAGUCAAAGAUCUCACCACUUCACAGCAGCGAUUUCUGUCCAACUAACUGCCAUAUCAAUGUAAUGGAAGUUUCUUAUCCUAAAACCUCAACUUCUCUUGGUAGUGCCUUUGGUGUGCAGCUAGACAGCAGAAAGCAUUCUUCACAUGAGAAAGAAAACAAGAAUAGUGAGCAAGGUAAACUGAGUCCCAUGGUUUACAUACAACAUACCAUUACCACCAUGGCAGCUCCUUCAGGACAUUCCCUAGGUCAACAGGAAGGCCAUGGUCUGAGAUAUUUGUUAAAAGAAGAGGACUUAGAAACACAAGAUGUCUAUCAGAAAUUGUUGGGCAAAUUGCAAACUGCACUGAAAGAGGUGGAAACGUGUGUCUCUCAGAUAGAUGACCUUCUCUCUUCAAUAACCUGUUCUCCCAAAUCAGAACGUAAAACACCUGAGCCCUUAAUACCAGCAGACAGUGACAAUGAAAAGGGAGAAAGGAAUGGGAAAAGGGUCUGUUUCAAUGUAGCAGGUGAUGAGCAGGAAGAUUCUGGUCAUGACACCAUCAGCAACAGAGAUUCAUACAGUGAUUGCAAUAGCAACAGAAACUCCAUUGCCUCAUUUACCAGCAUUGCAGUAGCCAGUGCAGGUUCUUAUUUUCACAGUGAUGAAAUGGACUCAGGUGAUGAACUUCCCUUAAGUGUUCACAUUUCUCAUGAUAAACAGGACAAACUUCAUAGCUGUUUGGAGCAUCUUUUUGGUCAGGUAGACUCAAUUGUCAAUCUUCUGAAAGGACCAGCUGUAAUGCGGGCCUUUGAACAAACCAAGUUCUUCACGCCAGGUCGAGGCCUGCAAGAGUUUCAGCAGGAAAUGGAACCUAAGCUUAGCUGUCCAAAGAGAUUACGACUUCACAUCAAGCAAGACCCUUGGAACCUUCCCAGCAGUGUCCAAAAUCUUGCACAGAAUAUCAGAAAAUUUGUUGAAGAGGUGAAGACAAGAACUUUGGCACUCCUUGAAUAUACAGAUAGUGAGAUACAGCUCAGACGAGACAUGGUCUUCUGCCAAAGUCUGGUGGCCACAGUCUGUGCUUUUUCAGAGCAACUAAUGGCUGCCUUAAAUCAGAUGUUUGACAACAGCAAAGAGUAUGAAAUGGAGACUGGAGAGGCCAGCAGAAGGUGGUUGGAACAGAUAGCUAAUGCAGGUGUCCUCCUUCACUUCCAGUCAUUGUUGUCACCUAACCUGACUGAUGAACAAGCCAUGCUAGAAGAUACGCUGGUUGCUUUGUUUGACCUGGAAAAAGUUACUUUUUAUUUUAGGCAGUCAGAACUAGAACCAAUAGUCGCAAAUGUUCCAAUCACAUAUCAAGCAGAAGGAAGCCGGCAAGCUUUGAAGGUUUACUUUUAUCUUGAUAGUUACCAUUUUGAGCAGCUUCCUCAAAAGCUGAAGAAUGGAGGAGGGUUUAAAAUCCACCCAGUACUUUUUGCACAAGCACUGGAGAGCAUGGAAGGAUAUUAUUACAGAGACAAUGUGUCAGUAGAAGAAUUUCAAGCCCAGAUUAAUGCAGCCUCACUGGAAAAGGUCAAACAGUAUAACCAGAAACUCAGGGCAUUCUACCUGGACAAGUCGAACCUCCCUCCAAAUUCAACAUCAAAAGCUGCUUAUAUAGAUAAGCUGAUGCGGCCCCUCAAUUCUUUGGAUGAACUUUACCGACUGGUAGUGUCUUUUAUCCGAUCCAAGCGCACAGCGGCCUGUGCUUACACUGCUUGCAGUGCCUCUGGAGUUGGAUUGCUAUCAGUUUCUUCAGAACUCUGUAGCAGACUUGGAGCUUGUCACAUCCUAAUGUGCAAUAGUGGAGUUCAUCGCUGCACUCUGAGUGUCACUCUGGAGCAGGCUAUAAUUCUUGCUCGGAGCCAUGGACUACCUCCUCGCUAUAUUAUGCAAGCUACAGAUGUGAUGCGCAAACAGGGAGCAAGAGUGCAGAACACUGCCAAGAAUUUAGGAGUGAGGGACCGAACACCACAAUCAGUCCCAAGAUUAUACAAGCUGUGCCAGCCACCACCUCCUGCUGGGGAAGAAUGAAGAGAACUACCCAAGAAGUAAUCAAGCAACAUCUUUUAAGACAUUGGACUAUACAGCAAAAUUAAAUGGCAUUCUAGUAGAACGUGCUUGGAGAAUUGAUAAAUAGAGGUCCUUUACUCAGGAUAAAGAAGUGUCUGUCCUUAAUAUUUUUCUAUCAGCAUUAGACAACUGACUUCUGGAGAAAAUAUUUCUGGACUCCAUGCACUAUGGUCUCCCUUCCAUAAAACAGGAACUUUAUGAGUUUUUACCUGGAAAUUUUACACUGGAAUCAGGUUGUAUCUCUUGUGGCCAGUUCAGCAACACAAAUAACCCCAUUAUGCAUUGUCAGCAGCAUGAAAGCAAGUAUCUAAUGGCAAAGCGAUUCCAUCUGAACCAUAUAAAAACUGUUCCUGUGUUCACAGAAUAAACUCGAAAAGAGAAAAAAGCCUAAAAUAAAUCCUCCAGAGUUUGACACUUGACACAUUUGAUGUCCCAUGCACUGCUAAUUCCCUUCUUUCCCACCAAUAUUUUAUCAUAAUUUCCUAAUUUUUAGCAAUAAGGAAAUUAACAGUUCUGGUAUAUGCUGUAAAUGCCUAUUAAAAAUAAGAAUUAAUCUCACAAGUAGUCCCAUUGACUUCAACCUGACUACUCAUGUGAAUAAAUACUUACAGAUUGAGCUCCAACACAGUAAAUUCAGCUAUGUCUUAAGGGGUCAAUUGUUGUACUGGGUUUAAAGAAGCCUAUUACUGCAUAGUGAAUUGAUGGUGCUGUUUUACCCUUUCUGAAGUUGCCAUAAGAAUGAAAAAUAAACUUCAGUUAGAGAAAAUUGACAUUAUGGGUCCGAUUUCCACCCAUAAUUAGAAAGAAGUUCAGACUUUGACCUGUAAAAGCUGUCUUAAAUAUACCUUGUUGUGCUUCUGUAUUUCAGGGGUCUCCAAACAGUAGUGUAUAUCUUUGUACAGUAUUAUACAUGCUAUAACAGCUAAGCAGUGUACAUUGAGCGAAGGGCAAACUUCUAGCUUUAAACUGGAAUAUUUUGCAUUUUAGAGUAUUUAAGAUAAAGCAUAGUUUUGAAGCUUAAUAUUUUUAUACCAGCAUAUACAAUAUUUUGUCAGUUACAUUUUACAGUUGUAGAAGUUGUUGGUUUUGGAGAUUGGUAACUUUAUAAUAUUAUGGAUUUAAUUUGCAGACUGUAUUAAGAAUGUUGAGGGACCAUGACAAAUAUACAUGUUUAAUUGUUUUCUGGCCAAAGUGUUUUUAGAGAAAAUAAAUGCACCAAAAUUACCCUUCACGUUCAUACACAUUAAAGCAAAAAUGAUGUUUUAAAAUAUUGCUACUAGUAAUAGUUAGAUAUUAGAGAGUAGCAUAUAUAAUCUAAAUGUGUAAGUAUUUUCUGUACUACAGCUAGUUAUAGUUGUGCGUUGGCACAAAACCCUCUACAUCAUAGAUUUAGCAGAUCUAUAUUUACUUAUUUAUGAAUUUUCAACACAUUUAUUAACUCUAACUCAUACAGAAAUAUGUCAGUACAGAGUACUUUGCAAAGAGUGUUCUUUAUGUAGGACAUACAGUGGGUUUAUUACUUUUCUCCAGAGGAGACAUUAAUAUGCCUACCUUCUUCAGUAUUCUUGAUUUUGCUCUAAAGAACUUAAUUUUGGUAACAAAGUAAAUAUUUUUGUAUACACACAGGUGUAUAUAUGUGCACAUAUAGCUGCUCAGUGUGUGUGUGUGUGUGUGUAUUCAUACCAAUUAAGCAGUGAUCCAAGCUUAAAUGUAAAAUCUAUUAAAUUUCCUUAAACUGUGACAAAAACAUGUUACACUGAAUGUUUCAUAAAGUCACAAUUUUCCUUCCAUUCUGUAUAUUUACACCCUUCUAAUACUUGUUGGAAGGUGUGACUUUUUGAUGUGUUUUGAUAAACACAAAAUGAAAUAGGAAAAGCUAGAUUCUUUUUCUGAGAUGACCCAACACUUGUAGAAAAUAAAGGGCUGGGGUUUGGUUUCAUAUAAUUGCUAUUAUAGUAGAGAAUUUCACAGCUUGCAUAUUUUACUGAGAGAGGGAGUAUUGGCUAGGAUAAUCCCAUCUCUAUUCAGAAAGCUGCAAGAGCUCUUCAGCUUCUGCUUGGUUGGAUACAAGAAAUACAUGGAAUGCACUAUUUUGUCAUGCCGGGGAUGGUACCAUUAGCUGUGUAGCACAUGUUUAGUAUGACGGUGUCAUCAUUAAGUAUGAGCCCCCGUCUUCAUGUGAGACUCGACUACAUAACAUGUUUACUUAGAGGCAAGAGUGCUAUCAGGUGAGUGAAAUUGAUAUUACUGCAUGAUAUAUCCUAGUGAAGUGAAUCUGCCACAUGAACGUAUGUUAUCAGGGACUAAAUAAGGAGAUGCUACUUUAUUGCUCCCUAUGUUUGAAUAUUAACUGAGUCACAUUGACGGUGCAGGAGUGUAAAUAUGCCACUGGUAUGAUAUGGUUGUUUUGAUUGGCUUUUGUUUGCAUUUGAAAGCACAAGAUAAUAGAUAUUUAUUAAACACUGAGGUCAAAUUGGUAUUAGACAAAGUCACUGAACCAAACUCUUCAGUUAGAGUUUUUUCUGAGUAGGCAUUGAAGAUUUUGGCCCUGUGUUUGUGCAUCUAUUUUUACAUUAUAUGCUCCAAAUACCUAUGGGGUUGGGAAGACAAAAAGGUUGAGUGCCCAGCUCUACUUUCUCUAGGAAACACAUUUUUGGCAGUUUAUGCAACUCUCAUAGGCUCAUUAUGCAAGCAACUUCCACCUCUUAGAACCAAUGCGUGUGCUGUGAAGGAAUGUAGGUAUUUAGAUAAUGUUUUCAAAGGCAUCUAAAGGGUUUAGGUCUCAACUCCAAAUGAAUUUCUAUGGGAAUUGGGUGCCUGACUUGCUUAGCCACCUUUUGAAAAUCCCAAUCCUAACCAUUUCAGUUGCAGACAUCUUGCACUUUGCAUAUCCUCGCACUUGGCCCCAUUUUCCAAAUAAAUCACACAUCCUAACCCAUUUAAGUUGCAAUUAGUUCAGCUUGGCAUUGAAGAAGCCUUACUCUUAAAUUAUAUAUUUACUAAUGUUCGUACCUGACGUUGUGACGGAUGUCUUUACCUCUCGUGGUAUGUACACACACAGGAUUAAAAAAUAGUUUCUCAUCACACAUAUUAUGUUUAUCCUCUCAUAAAUUCUUAUGCUUGCAAGUGACAAGAAGUGAUAACUUGCAGGAAUUGUUAAAUCUUCUUUUCUUCUGCAACCAGUUAUGUAGCUUAUUUGUACUGCAAUAUAUUACAGCAAUUUGGGGAAGAUAACUGGUGUUUGUAACUUAUUUUUUCAUACAACUCAACUAAAACACAUCUGUGAAGAAAAUUUAAAUAAAUACAUGUGUAUAUAUAUAAAUGUAAUUGCCACUGCAUCUUAGGAGUAAUAACAAUUUUCAUUCUGUGAAGGAUAUAUAGAAUAUUUAAAAAUCUAGAAAAAUCUAGGAAAAUCUAGGAAAGGUUAAUAGCUUUAACUUCUUAGUGCAAUCAAGAGCUGCCAGAGCUACUCUUUUGAUUGUUUUGGCUGUAAACCAACAAACUAAAUUUCAUUAGGAACGAUAAUAAUUAUAUUUCAAUCAGUAACUUCAUUUAUUAGACUCCCAUGAUUUCAAUAAUUCAGUUGUUAUUAUGCCUCAUGGUUCUGCUUUUACUGAAAGAAAAUGAUAGGUGAAUGGCAUCAGUUUUUGUAUCACUAAUCCAUUGUUAGAUAUACUGUGUAUAUAAGAAGACAAGUACCUGAAGAUAUGAGUACCUGUUCUGUUGGAUAAUGGCUAAACAAUAGUUCAAAAUAGGAAAGUAUCAUUGAUUAGCUUCAAAAUUAGAAGCUUUAAAAUCUAAAGUUGUAGUAUAUUCAUGCAAAUAUACUUUACUUGUUAAUUUUACAGCUAGACAAGUUUGUGUCUGCCAACAUAGUUGCUUAUUUUCACUGUUGUUGUUUUAAUAUGCUGUCUGCAGGAUAGUUCUUAAAAUUAACACAUUGCCUUAAAUGUUUUCUCUCUAUGUGCUCAUUGAAAAUUGCACAUAGUGCUUUUCUAAUUGUACUCCAUCAGUACACCAAGCAUUUGUAAAUUAGAUGGAAAUACCUACCGAUCUCAGGAUAUCUAGAUUUUGAUGUAUAAAAAAAUAUUGAACUCACUUAUUAUAUUUUUUUUAAACUGGCUGCAUUGAUUUUUAUAUACUGUAUAUAUUCAUUAACCAUUUUUCCUUCAAGAACAUAACUUGUUAAGGAUAUUUUUUCUGCCUGUAACUGAUGUGGGCUUUUUUGCAUAUAGUCUCUGUACAUGCCUGCUAUGUGUGUAUAAAUGUAUGUACUGUAUACAUAAGAGAUGCGCAGAUACUAAUACCUAUGAGCAACUGCAAAUUGCCCAGUGACUGACCAUGCCAAGUUGUCAUUUCUAGGACUGUCCUGCAGAAAAGAUAAUUCCAUGCUAGAAAUCUUUUUUGCCUAGAAUUGAAAUACCACCUUGAAAAUUAUUCCUCCCACAGUUCAAAUGCACAAGGUAGUGGAUUCCCAGGUUGGUACAUAUUUGCAAUUACCCAUAAUUGAAAGUCAGGGUUAUACCCACAACAUAUCUAGUGUAUGUAUAUAUGUACUGUAUGAAUACAUAUUUGUCAGUUUAAAAUGAUUACAGCAGCACUAUUCCAUUUGUAACACCGUAGAGUGUGUGAAGUCAAUUAAGCUUGCACAACACUUAAAAAUGUUUUAAUUUUUGCAUUGAAGUAGAUGUGCAUAUUUUUCAGAUGAACAUAUUUUUGUAACUCCUCAGUAAAAGUCCUAGAGCAUUACUGCUUUUAAUAUAUAUAUAAAUACAUACAUUCAUACAGUGUAUCAACAGUUUCUCUUUGAAAACUCCCAAACUAGCAGCCAUGUGGUUAGAUAAUUUUAACUUUGUUAAAAAUAACAUUUGUAAUUUAAUGUUAAAUCUCUUGACAUAUGGAUUUGAAUUACAUAUUUUCUGGUUUGUAAAGCAUCUAUGUAGCAGACUUUGAGUCAGUUACUAUAUUGAUUAUGGGUUAAACUAAUACUGUGUACUUUUUUAGAUAUGACUUAUUUUUUUAGUCUACCUAUUAAAGACUGGAAUAAUAACAAUGUAUUGCAAAGCACCAGAUGGU